AUGGUAGAAGAAGACCUGGCCGUGGAGGUAAACAAACAUACACCAAAGGCUAUCGACCUACUUGUCAAUUGUGGAACAAGUAUGGACACUCACUACUUGAGUGUUGGCAUAAAUUUGAUGAAAGCUUUGAACCAACAUCAACAAAGCCACAAGCUUGAGGUUCUACAACUAAUUGCACAACUAUCUGUAGAUACGCGACAUCUUAGUGACAAGGAUUUUUGCAACCCUGGUGCAGUUGACAACAUUCCGAAGGGCAUCUCUUCUAUCAAUAUAUAUCUAUCAUCUCCAAAUCGACAUUUGGUUGCUCGUGGGAAAUUAUAUAACAUUGGUAGUGAUGUUGUGCAUGGCAUAAAAUUACUACCCGAAUAUGUCAAAGUUAUGAUUGAAGUUCCUAUUGUGUCAGAUGCUCCACUACCUAUAUCUGUUGAAUAUGGCGAUGUCUCCUUGGUUGGUCAGGCAAUAGGUACAAUUAUCCCAUGGCCAUUUAAAUUAGUUGACUUUGUUGAUGAAUGUCAAAAGAUACCUGGUAAAUUUCAAAGGAAGGAUAAGAAUGUCCAAUAUAGUGAUGAAUCAAUUGCAUCUCCAAUCAAAAAUUUCGAAAAUCCAAAAAUUCAAGAGUUGCCAUCUAAAGUUCGGGGUUCAACUAGUUCUACUACUUUACAAUUCCUUGAUAUGUAUGUAAAAAUGAUGAUGAAGCCUCAGUCGGUAAUUGAGAUAACCAUGGAGAAAAACAUAUUUGGUGAGGAAUUUCAAGAGCAUGUACAUGUAGAGAACAUAAAAGAACUUAUUGAUCACAAGUGGUUAAGUGCCACUGUUAUUACAGUAUAUGUUAGGUACUUGUAUGACAAGUUUAUUACUCCGAACGGAUUAGUGAAUAAAUUCUCAUUCAUAUCUCCAUGUGUCUCGAGUGAUGAUAAAGAAGGAAAAAACAUAGCAAAAUUACUCUUGAUAAAUAAAGAGUUCAAGGAAAGGAUGAUUCUUGCACCUUAUAAUUUUGGGAAUCAUUGUGUGUUGCUUGUCAUCAAUCUCAAUGCUGAGAUUAUAUAUUAUAUGAAUUCGGUGAAUGUUGAUGCUUUGCACAUUUAUCGUGCCUCUCAUAAAGUUAAAGUGGCCAAGUCCAAAUCAAAUAAAAUCACAUGGACAAAAAUAAAGUGUCCUUGUCAAACUAACAGUAUUGACUGUGGAUAUUUUGUCAUGCGAUUUAUGAAGGAAGUCAUCAUGGAAAAUCAAAAUAAAAUUCCUUUGAAUUACUUUCCUGCACGCAAAUGUGUUACUUAUUAUGAAAAUAAGUUAGAUGAAGUCAAAGAGGAUUGGGCUUCCUAUAUGCUAGAGAAUGUUAUUCGUGAGUUUCAUUUGCCUUAUACUUUAAAUUUUUGUUUAUGUGUAGUAGAAUGUGAUGCUUGUGUUGGUUGUUUUGGACAUAUAUAG